AUGUGCCUCGAGCUGCACAACCAUAAGCGCACCAUUCAGAAGGGCGACCUCAUCUUUGGAAGCACGGCACACACCAAGACCCGCAAGUCCACCACCUGGCGGCAUUGGGGUUGCGCCACGGAGCGCCUGAUUGCCAACGUCGGCAAAAUCGAAUACCUGGAGGGCCUGCCUGGGCUAAAGGAUGCUGACCAGAAGACCGUGACAGCGAAGUUCGAGGGUGUCGCAGCCCGCAAGGUCAAGGGCACAAAAAGGGGCAAGCGGCAGCCGCCGAUCAGCAAGAAGGCCCGGCGGGACAGCAGCGACGCGCAGGCGGCGGCAGACCAGCAGGCUGCAGGUGGCGAGGGCGAGGAGGGCGGCAAGGUGCAGGAGGGCGGCAGCGCACCUGGGGGCGAGGGUUCCGCGGGCGAGGGUGGUGGUGUGGGGGGUGGUGGCAUGGAGGGCCUGGGCACAGCAGUCCAGGGUGCAGAGGGUGGUGGCGUGGACAGCAAGGGGGCGGCGGGCCAGGGGGCGCAGGGUGGCGAAGUGGAGGGCGAGGGGGCGGAGGCUCAACUUGCCCCUCACCUUGAAGGUGAAAAGGGUGGCUUGGAGGGCCAGCCUGACCCUCCGCACCGCGAGGGUGCGGCGGGCCAGCGGCCAGAGAUUGGCGGAGUGGGGGGCCAGGAGGGGCCGGAGGGCCAGGCUGCAGAGGGUGGCGGCGUGGAAUUCCAGGGCGCGGCUGGCCAGGGGGCAGAGGGCGGCGCGGCGGGCAGCGAGGGCGCGCCCGACAAGGGGGUAGCGGGUGGCGGCGUGGACGGCCAGGCCGGGGGGGCUUCGGGCGGCGGCGCGGAGGGCCAGGGGGCGGGCAGCCGGGCGGCAGAGGGCGGCAGCGCAGGAAAGGGCAAGGCGCAGGCUGCUGCUGCUGCCGAGGCUGAUGCUGUGGCGGCGCCCGAGGCCAAGAUGGUGCCAGAUGCCGACUUUGAGAAAAUCCAGGAGCUGGAGCGCCGCCACGGCGCCGCCCCCGCCGCCGCCCCUGGCCCCGCUUUGGCGCUUCCGCUCGGCGGCGGGUCCCGCGACGGCGGCGGCGGCGGCGCCCUCGAGCUCGUGCUGGACACAGCUGGUGACCCUGCAAACGUCACAUAUCAGAGCCUGUACGCCCGAGACGUCCCUCGGUUCAGCCGCGUCGACCCCCUGAAUUUGCUGGGAGACACGCGCCUCCGCUACGCGUGGCAGCGCGACGCCGCCGCUGCGGCCGCCGACCGCGAGGCGGGCGCGCAAAGCGGCGGGCCGCGGUACUUCCAGGGGCGAUGGGCGCUGCAGGAGCGAAACAAGAAGGCGCGGCGGGUGCGGCUGGGCGACGAGCGCGCGGCAGCCGCGGAAGCGGCGGCGGCGGCCGCGCUCGCGGGCGGGCGGCAGCGAACGGGCGGCUGGCAGCCGCAGCCAGGCGGUGGCGGCGGCGGCAUGGGGCUGCCGCUGCCGACGUAUGUGCCGUUGGGCGCCGCGGCGGACACCGCGCGGCAGGGCGCGCCGCGGUGGCCCGGGAGCCCAGAGGGGUUUCGGGUGCAAGGCGCGGCCAGCGGAGGCGGCGACGGCGCCGGCAGGAGAGGGCCAGAGCAGCUACUGUUGGAAAGAGGGGAGGACGUCGAAGAGUUUGUGCUGCGGCGCACCCGCGAGUGGAACGUGGCCCUGCGGGAGCGGCCCGAGGAGGAGCGGCUGUGGCUGGGUUUUGCCGAGUUCCAGGAGCACGCAGCGCGGCUGCUGGGGCGCAGGCCCCAAGACGCGCCGCCGGCGGAGAAGCAGGUCUCGAUAUUGCAGCGCGGCCUCGAGCACCACCCCGGCAGCGAGCGCCUGCUGCUCGCGCUGCUGCGCGCGUACGCGCAGUGCGCGGAGCCGGAGGCGCUGCGCGCCAAGAUGUCGCAGUUUGCCACCUUCAAGCCCGCCGACAUCAAGGCCCUCUUCCACCGCGCCCUGUCCGGCCUGACCUCGGACCUCGCGCGGCUGCGGCGCGCCCGCCUGCGCCCCCACCAGCCGUCUGAGGCUGAGGCGGCGGCCGAGGCGGGCGCGGAGGAGCGGGCGGCGCAGGCGGUGCUGGCGCUGGCGUGGGCGCUCAUGGGCGCGGGGUGCACCGAGGCGGCGGUGGGCGUGCUGCAGGCCGUGCUCGAGUUCCAUUGCUUCGCGCCGCCCGAGCCGCCCGGCGGCCCCCACGCGCUACUGCGCCUCUUCGCGGCGUUCUGGGAGAGCGGCGCGCCGCGCGUCGGCGAGCCCGGCGCCGCGGGCUAUGAGCAGCAGAUCCUUGAGGAGGAGGAGCCGCCGCCGCCGCUGCCGCCUGGCCCGCCGCCGCCGCUGCCGGAGGACGAGCCGCCGCCGCCGCUGCCGCCGGGCCUGCCGCCGCUGCCGGACGAGCGGGGGACGGGCGGCGCGCCGUGGGAAAACCAGCAGCAGCAGCAGCAGCAGCGGCAGCAGCAGCAGCAGCAGCAGCAGCAGCAGCAGCAGCAGCAGCAACAACAGCAGCCGCAGCAGCAGGAGCAGCGGGGCCCAUCAGGGCAGGGGGAGGCGGAGGACGGGCAGCAGGAGGCCGCGGCGGCCGGCAACGGCUGGGGCGGCUGGUUCGAGAUCCCCAAAGCGGCCGCCGCAGAGGCGGCCGCGGGUGGCCUUGGCAUUGAGGGCGGCGGCGACAACCAGCGGUGA